AUGAACUCAACAGUCCAACAUUGGCAACACCAGUAUGGCGUCGCGGGGUUGUCAAGGCUUCGCACCUGGACCUUUGCGCAAGUUGCCGCCUUCGUCGCAGCCAUCCUCAUAGUGCGCUUCCUCGUGAAGCUCAUCAACCAUCGCCGCAUGUUCCAGCGCCUUCAACGACAAGGCCUGCCAAUGCCUCCUCAUAACUUCUUACUCGGUCAUUUAGGGCUUGCGGCUAAGAUUGCGAAAACCCUUCCGAGCGAUUUUCACGGGCACUACCUGGCGGGCGAAAUCAGGCGAGUGUACCCUGACCUCCCAGCUGUCUUCUACCUGGACCUGUGGCCGACCGGUCCACCAUUGAUGGUGAUAACGACAAGUCACGAUCAGGCUCGAGUGACGGUGCAUGAGCCGCAACUUCCUAAACAUGAGGGGGUGUUGGGAUUCCUGAAGCCUCUCAUCGGAAGCCAUGGUCUCGUCACGAUGGAGGGAGAUGAGUGGCGGUACUGGCGGGGCGUUUUCAAUCCUGGAUUCAACGCGGCGCAUCUUGUGACGCUGGUACCGGGUCUCGUUGAAAAUACCCUGGUGUUGCAUGAUAUCCUGCGAGAGAGAGCAGCGGCCGGCGAGAUCUUCUCGUUGUUUGAGACUAUGUCGCGGUUGACUAUGGACAUGAGUUGUCUCGCAACAUUAGGUUCUCGUUUGAACGCCCAGAGGCAGGGCUGUGAUCUUGUGUCAGCAUUUCGCAGUCAAGCCGACUGGAUCCCAUCCCCCAAUGAGACAAAUCUCUUCAGAAAGUUCAACCCGAUAAGGCACUUGGUCUAUCGCUAUAAUCGAUGGAGGAUGGAUAGGUAUGUCUCGAGCGAGUUGGAGACGCACUUCGCUGCAAUGCGAUCUCAGGCCCAGCUUGGGGAUUCCGGACCCGAGAAGACAACGGCAGUCCCAAGAAGAAGCAAGGCUGUUGUCGACCUGGCGCUUGAAACAUAUCUACUCUCGGAGAAGAACAAUGGAUAUUCUGGUCAGAAGAUGACUAUGGAUCCCACAUUCAAGCAAUACGCCGUCUCACAGAUGAAGCUCUUUCUCUUCGCUGGCUAUGAUACGACAGCCGCUGCGGUGGUCUAUUCUAUCCAUCUCCUUUCGCUUCACCCAGCUGCCCUAUCAAGAGCGCGCCAAGAGCACAACGAUAUCUUCGGAGCCGACAGCACCGUAAAGGAGACUGGAAAUAGCAUCGCCAACGCCCCCCAGCUCCUCAAUCGACUGGCAUAUACAUCAGCCGUUAUCAAGGAGGCUCUCCGGCUGUACCCACCCGUGUCCAGUACGCGUGCGUCUGGACCAGGCUUCACGGUAUCGGAAACUGACAAAACGAAUCUUGAAGGCUUCAUGCUUUGGGGUGUGCAUCACGCUAUCCAUCGAGCACCAGAGCACUGGGUGAGGCCGGAUGAGUUUGUCCCGGAACGCUGGCUGGCCUCUCCUGGUGACGAGCUGUACCCCGCGGACAAGGAGGCGUGGCGGCCGUUUGAGCGAGGGCCGCGAAACUGCAUUGGCCAAGAAUUAGCCUUGCUGGAGGUGAAGGUUAUCUUAGCUAUGGUGCUGCGGGACUUUGACUUUGCGGACGCUUACGUCGAGUUCAACGAGACGAUGGGCCGGACGGGUCCCACAGAAGUAGCAGGGGAUCGUGCCUAUCAGAUCAUCCAUGGAAGCACUAAGCCCAACAACGGGUAUCCUUGCAGGAUCAAGCAAGCCACGAUCUAUACCGGGGUCCCGCCCCUGGACUCGUAUCUCGCCAACCUGCAGUUCAGCAUCAUCCCUACAGUCGAUGGCUCGUCCCAGGCUUUGGCUCUGCUAGGGUGGCACUGGAUGGGGCUUCUCAUAGCUGUUUUCACUGUCAUGCUAGUCGAGAGCUUACGAACGCGACGCGCAAGGGACCUGAUUCCUUUCGCGCUCUGGGGUCUUGCCAUACAGUAUGCAGGGUACUUCAUCAUCAUGCCCAUAUACUGUUAUGUAUCCCUGCUUUCUCAGUCACCUAGGAAGCAUUCAAGACUACCGACCAUGGCUGCCAUUAAAGCUAUCCCGGCAUCAGUGCUAAUUGGGCUUGUAAUCCCAUCGGCGAUUAUGUGUCUGCCAAGCAACCAUCUCUCUGGUCAGUCACGACAGGUCGCUGUAGCUGUUUGGCAGAACUUCCCAGCGUGGAUGGCCUUAGUCCAGGUGAUUGCCGUGUCUUUGGUGGGAGCCAUCCCGGCACGAAAAUCGGAAGAACACACUACCGAAGACGGCGAACUCAGCCGCAACAUGUCAGCUCUUCGAAGAUUGUACAAAGCUACCGCCGUAGUCUCCGCUUUGAUCCAUGUCUUGGGUCUCAUACCCAUUGUCUCCGCUGCCAUUGGCAAGCUGGAGCCUACACAAGAUUCGCCACAUGCGCAGCUGCGACCUGCCGACUUCUUCCUGCCGCAGAAGUGGGAUAAUGAGACCCAGGUAAAUGGGAUGACAGAAGGCGCAUUCAACUUUCUCCGCUAUGACUACUACAUCGGCACCGCCGCUGCGUUCGCUUGGGUCAUAUUUUUCCAGCCUUCGACGCGGUCAACGGCCGACGGAGGUCGUCUCCGUCUCGGCACGGGUCGUGUUCGUCUGAACCACGAGCUCGUCUUGACCGAUAAGGUUAUCCCGGUCGACUACUGGGACCAUCACUCUCGCGAUGCUGUCCUCAACGUAAUGCUGCGCUUCGACCGCCAACUGGAUGCAGACAAACUACGAAGAGCUCUGGAAAAAUUGCUUGACCGCCGGGAUGGCUGGCGCAGGCUGGGUGGGAGGGUGCGGCUAGGUCCUUCGAAUAAGCUGUAUUGGCAUGUGCCUGACACAUACACUGAGAAGCGGCCUGCAAUCACCUUUCAUCACAACCGUCACAACAACAUCAGUAUCAAGCAACAUCCAUUAGCAUCUCGACUUCGGAGCAGAGUUCCAUCAUCUUCUGGUGGCUCUCAUGACGCCUCUGUUCCUUGGAUGGUGGAGUCAGGCAAUGGCGUGGACUUCUCCCCCUUGAUGCGACACCCAAGUGAUCCUACUUGUUUCGAAGACUAUGUCUAUCACGAUAAACCGAUGAUAGGCCUACAAGUCACCACGUUCAACGACGCAACAUUGGGACGCCAUGAAGAGGUCAUUCCGUUGAUUGGGACCGAUCCUCUUGGAUCUUUGGGUAUAUCACCUGAGCCAACUAAAAUGGUAACAAAGGACGAUGCAAGCAAAACAGCAGCUUCUACAUCCCCUUCCGAACAAUACCGGCACAUCGAUCGACAACUUGGAAUUGUUCAACUCGUUACGCUCGGUCUUCGGCAAGCACUCGACAAGCUGCUGAACAGAAACGCGGCUGAGGAGUUUAGGACGGUGUGUGUGCCCGCAGCAUAUGUCAGGUCUUUGCGCAAUGACGCGCUCCAAGCUCUCGACGCCGAGAAUGCUAGUUCGUCGGGACCUCAAGGGCCAGAGAAGGGUCAUAAGUCUCAGUUAAUUCCAGCCACGUUUCUAAGUGAUGGUGAUAUUCUCUGUUCAUGGUGGACACGCAAAAUCAUUAGCUCACGCAUCCGCAAUCCCUCCAAGAGCCGCAAAACCAUCGCUAUACUAAACAUGAUGGGUUUACGUGGCAUUCUGGCACAAGCAGGACGAUUGCCCAAGAAAGGAGCACUGGUUGGUAACGCAAUCUUGCCUAUUCCUGCCCUGCUACCCACGCGAGAUCUUGUCAGAAACGAUCAGCUGGGCUUUGGCCGCGUUGCAAAGGCCCUCAGAGAGGCGAUCGCGCAACUUAGCACUAGGCCGCAAGUUGAAGCUCUCUUGGCGCUGCAGCGGCGUGCACAUGGGGAUGAGGUUGUUGAGAACGGCAACAAAAAGAAAAAGUCGGGCAACGGCAAAGCCGGACUGCCUGCUCUCUUCGGCGAUGCGGGCAUGCACAUGGUUGUGUGUACCAACUGGACCAAGGCCGAGUUCUUCAAUGUUGACUUCUCGGCCGCGGCGGUUGACGAGAUUGGUUGUGACGGGCUCUUUGAGAACGAGCGUGCGCGCCUUCCUGAGGCUUCAUCCAACGAUACUGCCGCUAGCAGUGGCGUCGAAAUGAUGAGCGCUAUGGGUUGUGAUGGACUCUGGGAGGACGAACAUGCGUCACGUCCGUCUGUCGCUCCUCAAUCUGAUGCUCCUGCUUCUCGUGUGUUGGCAAAGCCGACUGGCGUUCACAUGCAUUUGAUAACGGCGGGUACUCCUGCGUUUCUAAUGAGUAUCUUUACCAUCUUGGGCCGCGAUGCCAAUGGAGACUACUGGAUUCAAGGAAUGCUACGGAAAAAGUAUUGGGCUAAGAUUGAGACCGCCCUAAGUCCGAAGUAA